AUGUCUAUAGGACGAGUGAUACAGUUAGUGAAAAACGUGCUACGGUCCAGGUUAUCCAUCAUUUCCUUAUUGUUUGUUUUCAUAUUAUUCCAGAUCUAUUAUUACAAACUUAACUUCAGCAAUGAUUUAUACUACUUAAAAGGUGAAGAAACAGAAGAAACAUUCAUAAAUAGACUUAAAGGUGUAAAUAAUGGGAAUAAAGUUUAUGUCAAUGAUCAUAAUUCAGACAUCUCAGAAGCCUAUACAAAUCUCAUAAAAGAUUACGGAGAAACUUUCAAUAAUUACCCAUUUCAUGAAAAAUGCUCCAUUUAUUUUGACUCAUUAUACAAAACAGAUCAUGAUUGGGCUCUGACAGAUUUCCAUGAUUUACCAUAUGAUGGUGGUAUUUUUGAACGUAAGGGUAAUUUCAUAAUGAAUAGUUUGAAAACUUACAAAAAUAAAAAAUACAAAGAUAUGGAUCCUGAAGAAUUUAAAAAGAUGGCUGACGAACAAAAUUUGAACAAAGUUUUCGAAGUUGAUUAUCAAAGAGCAGUCAGAGAGACAAAAGAUACUGAAAGAAAAUUAGUUGAUGCAUCAACACAUCUAAGAGUUUACGGUGCUUGUUAUUUAGAUCAAUACGGCACAUUAAACACACUGAAAUCAGAUCCAAAAAUUGAGCAACAAUGUCUUGAUAUAGAGAUGAGAAUGUUCCCUUGGUUUAGUAGAAGAAUGCCAAAAUAUACUAGAUGGGAUGGAACAGUAAAAUAUUCAAUGCCAAUAAUGUCCGAAUAUACAGACCAAAAAUAUGAAUAUAAUCCAAUUGUUAGUAAUUGUUUUAUGAAAAGUUUGAGAAGUCAAUUGAAUGGUAAAGGUAUUACAAUCAGUGCUAAAGAUAGUCAUUUUGGCCAAUUAUCAGGAUUGUUACCAUUAUUAAGAGCAUUAGGUAAUAAGCUUCCAAUGGAAAUUGUUCAUAAAGGUGAUAUGAGUGAAAAAGUUCAAAACAAAUUAAUCGAAAUAGCUCGUAUGGAUACACCAGAUUUAACCAAGGUUGAAAAUUUAAAUCAUAUAUUACAAUUAAGAAAUAUUACAAAUUUUGAUGAAAAAAACAAAACACAAAUGGAUAUUUUAUUUCCAAAACAAGAAUUAUGGUUUGUUAAUGUUCAAAAUGCAAUUUCAGGUAGUUAUCAAGGUAAAUUUAAUAACUAUGCUAAUAAAUUAUUAGCAUAUUUUUUCAAUUCUUUCCAAGAUUGUAUUUUGAUGGAUACAGAUACAAUUCCAUUAGUUGAAUUAGAAGCUAAAAUUUUAGGAUCAAAUGCUUAUAAAGAUCAUGGUGCUUAUUUCUUUAAAGAUCGUGAAUUAUAUCAACAAGGCGCAGUUUCAGAUAGGAAAUUUUUCUCCAAAUUAAUGCCAUCUAAGAUUGAUACUGCAUUUUUCGGUAUUCCUAAAACAACAGAUUUUACAAUGAAGAAUAGAUUCAUUGGGGGUGGAUUCUGGCAUUAUAUGGAAUCAGGUAUUGUAGCAAUUGAUAAGGUUAAACAUUUUACUGGUGUUUUAACAACAUUACAAUUACAAAUAUGGGCACCUGCAGCUUCAAAAGUCUGGGGUGAUAAAGAAUUAUUUUGGUUAGGUUUAUCCAUAUCUGGUGAUGAAAAUUAUUAUAUGAAUAAAUUAGCUUCUGGAUCAGUUGGCCAAUUAACACCAAAGAGUCAACGAUUGUUCGAAGGUAAAGAAUUAAUUGGUAGAGAAUUAUGUUCAACACAUCCAGCUCAUGUUUCAAGUGAAGAUAAUUCAACUUUAUUAUGGUUUAAUUCUGGAUUUCAAUUCUGUAAAAAAGAAACAGCUAGACAAGAUAUGCAAAAAGGUUAUUUUAAAAAAAUACCAAGUAUCACAACAGUGGAAGAAUUAGACUUCCAUUAUAAGAAUUUUAUCAAGAUUGAUGCAGUUAUUGUUCCUAAACAUGCUGAAUAUUAUGAAAAUCGUAAUAAUGGAGAAAAUCCAAGAGGUUGGGGUUUAAUGAAUGAAUGUGGUGGGUAUAUGUUUUGUGCAUAUGAUAAAAUUGCAGGUAAAGAUGAUAAAGAAACAAAUGGGUUACUUGUCGAAUUUGAUGAAGAACAACGUAAAAUUUAUGACUUUUAUGGAUCGGUUUGGAUACAUGGUCAAUCAAUUUUUUCAAAACCUAUAGAAAACUAA